AUGCCAUCAGGACGUCUCGUUCAGGGUUCGCGCCGCCCUCAGUCAACCGCCUCUGCGGCGACAUCAGCCCACAAUGGCUCCGACCUGCCCCCUUAUGAGCCUCCCUCGCAUCCAAUGAACGAUGCAGGCAGACAGGCCCUGGCCAACAUCACCAGCAACAACCAGGACAUGCGCAAGUACGAGGACCAUCUUUCCAAAUCCGCAACCUACUUGCGAGAGGCCGUCGGCGCCAUCAACGAUACCCUGUUUACUCGUAAAUCACUGUUGACGAGGAAGAUCGAGAAGCGACGGGGCCGCGGCGAAUCUGAAAAGGGGGAAGACGAGGCCGAGCUGGAGGAAUAUGUCAACAAGCUAAACGGAGAUGUGACCCAUUUGACUGAUGAGAUUGAGGCCGCCUUGCGACAGGUCAUUGACUAUCGUGCCGAAGUUCAGGGCGAGAAGCUGGUGCUGGGCUCAGUGGUGGACCUGCCCAGCGGGCCAACGACGAUAGUGACGAGGAAAUGGGGGGGUGUUGAUGAAGAGCCUGAAGAGGAAGAGGCCGCUGAAGCCGAGGACGAGGCCUCCCUGACCUGCGUGCGCGAGGCACUCCACAAGGCAAGAGAUUCCAAGGCGAGACAAUACCGUGCCACGAGUGCCUAUGACCGUUACGCCUCCAACAACGAGUAUAUCGCUUUCAAGAAGAUGUGGCAUGAUGCUCAGCAUCCCGAAGAUCAAGUGCCCCUGCCUGAUGCGUCCACCUGGUUUGAUAACCAAGGCAGGCCUAUCCGGGACGGUGCUCCAGCGGGCGAGGAGGAUCUCAUUAUUGAGCGUGAGGUACAGGACCUCACUUGCAAGUUAUCGCUUCGGCCCUUCAAGGAGCCAUACGCCAACCAUCAAUGCCCCCAUGUGUUUGAGAAAAGCGCAAUAUUGGAAUAUUUGAGAAACACUGGCGGCAAAGCACAGUGCCCUGUAUGCAACAAGGAGCUUCGCAUCAAGGACCUGUAUCUCGAUGAACUUACGUUGCGCAAGGUCAAGCGAGCAGCUCGAGCAGCAAUGGAAAGCGAGGACAGGAGCUCCAAUGCGGGUCCCGACGAGCAAAUGGAUGGAAGCGUUCUCAUGGGUGAGAGUACCCAAUCACGACGACCCCGCCGUGUGAACAACGAGAUCAAGCAGGACGAUUCGGAGUAA